UAAUCCUAGCUUCUUUCUAUAAAUUAAAGACAAGUGAGUUUAAAAUUCCGAACAAAUUAAAGCACGGCAAUGAGUGACAGUUUGAAGAGCGAUUACCAGUUGUGCGAAGAGAUUGGCCGCGGCAAGUUCGGCACGGUGCACCGCUGCUUCUUGCCGGCGACCGCCCAAUCCUUCGCCUGCAAAACCAUCCAGAAGAGCCUCCUCCUCGACCCCACGGACCGCGAUUGCCUGGAAAAAGAGCCCAAGAUUCUCCAGCUCUUCACCGGCGCCGCCAACAUCCUCCAGCUGUUCAAGGUGUACGAGGACGAGGAUUACCUCCACUUGGUCACCGAGCUCUGCGACGGCGGCGACCUCUACGAGAGGGUGUCGCGGGGGCCGCUGUCGGAGCCCUCAGCCGCCUCCGUUUUCCGGCAGCUAAUGUCCGCGAUCAGCUGCUGCCAUCGCGCCGGCGUCGCGCACCGUGACGUGAAGCCCGACAACGUGCUGUUCGACGCGCAGGGGAACCUCAAACUCGCCGAUUUCGGGUCGGCGGAGUGGUUCGGAGGCGGACGGAUGUCUGCGGUGGUCGGGACGCCGUACUACGCGGCGCCGGAGGUGUUGAUGCGCCGGGAGUACAAUGAGAAGGUGGACGUCUGGAGCGCGGGGGUGAUUCUGUACAUAAUGCUCGCCGGAGUUCUGCCGUUCCGCGGCGAUACUACGACGGAGACGUUCGAGGCCGUUCUGAGGGCGAACUUGAGAUUUCCCGCUAAGAUUUUCCGGUCAGUUUCGCCGGAAGCUAAGGAUCUGCUGAGAAAGAUGAUCUGCAGAGAUGUUUCUAGACGCUUCUGUGCAGAACAAGUACUAAGGCAUCCAUGGGUGAUGAGUGAAGGAGAGACUAGAAGCAUGGCUGAUAUGAAUUUUACUUAAACCCCAGCCACCCCCACUCAACCUGAUUGUUAUUGUAAUUUUGCUUUCGUUGGGACAUGAGAACCCGAGGGAGCGUUGUGUAUGUACAAAAAAUAAUUUAAAAGAAUUUUUCUUUUAAAAAAAGCCAUUAUCUAUUGUGCAUUGAGAAUUGUAUGCCAUAUAUUUGCAAUUUAUAUUGAUAUGACGAGGCGGGCUUAGUUAA